UAGGUACCUCAAGAGCUCAGCCAUGUCUGCAAGCACCCAGAGCACCGCCACCCUUCCUGAGACUCAGCAGUUCCCUGGAAACUGCACACUGGAGAUGGCCCUGAAAACCAUUGUGGAUGUCUACCACCGUUACAGCAUCCGGGAGGGCCAGCUUGACCUCCUCAACUUCAACGACUUCAGGACACUGCUGACUGAGCAGGCACCGACCUUUCUACAAGCUUGCGACAGGAACAAACGUGAAUACCUGAGGAAACUCUUUGAAGAGACAGACUUAAAUAAGGACAGUGAGCUGACUUUUGAGGAGUUCACCAUCAUCUUGGCCAAGCUGACCGAUGAUGCCCAUCGCAUCAGCCACCGGGAUGACCGCUGUAUACCAGACAAGGAUUGAGUCUCAGUGCACGACCCACGUAAAACUCAGAAGGAGUUGCUUGUAGGAAUUGUGCUCUGGCUGCUUUCUGUCUGCUUGGAUCAGUCAUGCUUGUGAGACAAUAAAGCAUCACUUGAAGUUCA